CAGCCGGUCCUUGUGGCUCCAAGAGCGUUAGGGGGAAGAAUGAAUUAUUACCAACCCACUUACGAGCCCCAGCCUCUGCUAUUUUUAAUUCGCCGAGUCUUGUCUAAACCGUUGAGCCCGGUUUGAUAGCACUGUUGCUCUACAUUUUUUUUUUAAGCAAUUAAACUUGAGCUGAGGCAGAGGCUCCCAAGUGCCAGACGCCGCUGAGCUGUAUGUGUUUGUGUGUGUGACAAACUCGAUCGGUGCGGACAAUACCACCUCUUGCCCAAAGCUUUCAAACGGGUGUUCUUUCCCCCAAUAUCACAGCACCGACUAAUCUGACUCUCUCCCCCCUCCCCUCCGCCGACCCACCCCCUGUCGAAGAUAUGGAAGGGAAAGAUAAAGAGGCUGCCACUGGACUCUGACUGUGUGCAGUCUGCUCUUUGCUUCCAGGGCUGGGUGGGCUGCCCAAUCGCCCUUCCCAGCAAAUCGCCUGGGAUGCAACUUCUCGUGACUGCAUUACAGAUGAUGGCAUCGUAAGCAUCUACAGUUCGGCAGCAUAGCGGAGCUGCAUUGUCUUCAUUCCUCACGCUGCUUAGAUGCCAGUGUUGUCCCUGACUGUUGCAGCAGGAGCCCAGGCCCCUGAACCCACCUCCAGACCUCCAACUUCUGUUCCAGAACCCUGAAGACAGACCUGAGAUCUGCCUUUGCAGUAACAGGGGAAAAAAACAACACAUACUUUGUUGCUUCAACCUCCUUCUUCCCAGAUAUAAGCUACUAGAACAGCAGGUUUAAGUGAUAAUUGGUCAUCGGGUUUCUUGUUAGAGACACAGAAAUGAAUAACUCAACUUACAUAAACUCCUCCGCCGAGGAUGUUAUGGCACUGGGGAGUCCCUAUAAAACUGUUGAGGUGGUCUUCAUAGUCCUGGUAGCAGGAUCUCUCAGUCUAGUGACCAUCAUUGGGAACAUCCUGGUCAUGGUGUCUAUCAAAGUCAACAGGCACCUGCAGACUGUCAACAACUACUUCCUGUUCAGCUUGGCAUGUGCCGACUUGAUUAUUGGUGUCUUUUCUAUGAACCUGUACACUCUUUACACUGUGAUUGGCUACUGGCCCUUGGGGCCUGUGGUGUGUGACCUGUGGCUGGCUCUUGAUUAUGUGGUCAGCAAUGCCUCUGUCAUGAACCUUCUCAUCAUCAGCUUUGACAGAUUUUUUUGUGUCACCAAGCCUCUGUCAUACCCUGUAAAGAGGACCACUAAGAUGGCAGGUAUGAUGAUUGCAGCUGCUUGGGUGCUGUCCUUCAUCUUGUGGGCACCUGCGAUUCUGUUCUGGCAGUUCAUUGUUGGGGGAAGAACUGUUCCUGAUGGGGAGUGCUACAUCCAAUUUUUUUCCAAUGCUGCUGUCACCUUUGGCACUGCUAUUGCAGCCUUCUACCUGCCCGUUAUCAUCAUGACCAUCCUCUAUUGGCAGAUAUCUCGUGCCAGCAAGAGCAGGAUAAAAAAAGGAAAAAAGGAACCAGCACAAACCCAGGAUCCAGUUUCUCCCAGUUUGGUCCAAAGUAAAAUAGUGAAACCAAACAAUAACAACAUCCCAACGAGUGGGGAUGGGUUGGAGCACAGCAAAAUUCAGAAUGGUAAAACCACAGGAGAGGCUGUGACAGAGAACUGCGUUCCAGGGGAAGAGAAGGAGAGCUCUAAUGACUCCACUUCUGUCAGCGUGGUUGCUUCCAAUGUGAAGGAGGAUGAAGCUACCAAAGAGGCCACCAAGGCUUCUGUCUCCCAAGUUCACUCAAAAGGGGAGAAUUCCAAGCUGACGUGCAUCAGGAUAGUCACUAAGUCCCAAAAGGGUGACUGCUGUGCCCCAACCAACACCACCGUGGAGAUUGUAGGUACUAAUGGCCAAAAUGGGGACGAGAAGCAAAACAAUGUGGCCCGUAAAAUUGUCAAGAUGACCAAGCAGCCUGCCAAAAGGAAACCACCCCCUUCUAGAGAAAAAAAAGUGACCAGGACUAUCUUGGCUAUUCUCUUGGCUUUUAUCAUUACCUGGACACCAUACAAUGUGAUGGUUCUCAUCAACAGCUUCUGUGUCUCCUGCAUCCCCAACACUGUAUGGACUAUUGGUUACUGGCUCUGUUAUAUCAACAGCACCAUCAACCCUGCUUGCUAUGCGCUCUGCAAUGCUACCUUUAAGAAAACCUUUAAGCACCUCCUUAUGUGUCAUUACAAGAACAUCGGCGCCACAAGGGCAUAAGGAUUGAAAACCAAAGCCAGCUGUGAAUUAGAAGUUUUCAUCAAAUUAACAACCAUGGGGCUCAAAUCAAGGAAGUAAGUUGAGACCAGCAAGAGCAGUUGUUAAUAGGUAACGAGAGAGUUAUCUCCAUUUCCGAUGGGCACAGACUUUAUGUCCAGGAUUUGCUUGUGGCUCCCAGAGGUGAAAGGUUAACAUUAGAAAGUCCAUCUUAAUGUCCAACAGAGAGAAGGUUCCUACUAAUAUAUUUGUUCUAAGGACAAGAAUAACUGCAUGUAGAUUACUGUGCCUACCUGGAAGUGACUCUGGGUAUGUUCCUGGAAGGAAGAAGCCAAAGUCCUUCUUAGGCAUAUGGUGGGGACUAUGUAUACUUUAUGGAAAAGAUACAGUGCUGGCCAUGUUGCCUUUUGUAUCAGCAUGGAGCAAUAUUAUCGCUACCUAUCAGGGGAUAACACUAGUAAAGGGACAGGGAGGAAAACAGUGGUUAUACAGAUAUAGGCACUGCAAUAUCAUUAUUUUAAAAUGUUCCAAAAAUUGUCAGUUACUCCAGAGAGUUGACUCCUCCUGCCUGUAGAAUAGCUACUUUUGCAGUAUUUGAUAUAUAUUGUGGCAAAAUUGAGCACUGUGUGAAUUUGGCAAAGUGCUUCAGAUUAAAGUAGACAGCUAUUCCCUGCGAGAUUUGCAUCUGUCAGUAUUCCUCCUCUCAUUGACACUUCCAGGCACUUACAAAGGUAUGCCCGUGGAUUUUGCUAUCCAAAGAGUAGCCUUCUAUAGUGACAUUUCCAUGGGGUUCCUUCAUUGUAAUCCAAAAAUAUUCACCAUCAUCUGGAAUGAUGUAAACAAGUAGACCACUAAGUCAUCUAGGUAUAUCAUCCUUCUAUAUUACAGUCUUCCAAAGUGAACUUCAAAGUAGCAGCCUUUUGGAUUACAGGGAAAUUAACCAUGACGACUUAAUGUUUAACUUUUUCAGAUGCUCAACAGAACUGUGGAUUGGGGCACUUUGGAAAUAGGAUCUUUUUGACAUGUACCAGUCCAAAGUUCCUGGCAGAAAGGGAAAAUUAACCAUGAAACAAAAUGAGGUCCAAAAGCACCUAUGUGGGAUAUGUUUUGACCAGCCCUUUCUUGAAUUGCAGUGGCUUGUAAUUUAAGGUGCCAUUAUUGGUGAAUAAAAGAAUUAACUCAUUAACGGUCUGGUCCAAAGCCCUUUGAAGUCCAUUGAAAGACUUCCAUAGACUUCAACAGGUCAAGGCAUUAAGUUAACAGAACAAAUGCUUGCUCCCUAUGGGUCUGAUUCUGCAACCCUUACACUGAACAGCAUUCACUCCCAUGAGUCCAGCUUUACUGUGAUUACUCACUUAAGUAAGUGCUGCUCAAUGUAAGGGUUGCAAAAUUGAUCCCUGAGUAUCUGUCAAAGCUACUUUCACCUGAUGUGUCUUGAAGGCCUAAAGGAAGUUAUCUAGCCAUGUUUCAGCAGUCUGUGUUGUUUAUUUUCUUCCAAAUGGUGAAAAAUCCAGAGACAAAAAUCAAAGAGCAUGAAAUAUGUUCACUUUCUAUACCUUUCUUCAGGAAAGAACAGCUUUCCAAGAGACCGUGCCUGUUCCUCCCUCCCAGCAAUAACACAUUCCCAAAGGGGGAGUGGAGGGGCAGUUUAUUCUUCCCUGAAACCACUAACAGUUCAUCUUGUAAUCUUGCACCUCUGACGUGUGUCCAGGCUCCAUUCUGAACUCUCAAGUCAUCACCAGGACACGAAUUACAAAUCCACUUAGCACCAUGCGACACCUCCUCAGGUUAAAAAGUACACAGUUAAUCACAGGACAUUCUGCUACAUCUCAUGAUGUGAUGAGGCACAACGUGAUGUGAAGAGAAAUGGACAUUGUGCCAAAGACCCACCAAGAAAUUAAACAUAACAUACAGCUUUCUAAUGCUUCUUCCUAACACCCAUCACUACCUCUGAGCCUGUGAAAAGAGAGACUUUAUUUCAAAUUGUAUUAACAGACAGUACAUUUGAAAGGUUGAGAGGCCACACUAACUGCAUACUGUACUAUACUUUACCCUUAGUGUAUGUUUCUUAGUUGUAUGUAAAAUGUCUCUCCUGAUACACAUAUACACACACAUUCUUCAAAACUUUAGAGUUCCAAACAUGAAAUAAUGUGUCUGCAAACACACACACAUGCAUAGAGCAUGUGUGUGCAAUAUACAUUUUUCAAUAUUCAGUGUGAAGCAUGGGAAUGAUAGCCCUGCUGCUCUCCUUAUCAUCUAAUCUGAGGUGCAAGACAAAUUCCUAUUCCUCAUGCUGUGUAUACCCUCCUUGUGACACUGAGGCUCAAAAAGCCUCACACAAUCUGUAAGGUUUAAAUUCAGUUUGGAGGGUGGAUUAGCGAGGUCCCAUAGGGAAUAGUCUCUCAUGACUACUCAGUUAUUUGUUCUUUCAAACAAAGAGGCACUUGUUAAAAAAACCUAUAUGAGUUUUAUAAUCCCUCUCCCCAUGCCUUUCCUUGUUCUUCCAAAUCUACAGGAUACAUCACAUUCACUUCAUUCCCCUUUGGAUUAUAGUUUUGCAGGCUGUAAAUGUGAUUCUUAAGAAAAUGGUGCCUUCUGCCUACCCAUUUUAGCUCCUCAUUUGUCAUCUGAAUCUGUCAGCUUCAUUGACUGAUUAAAAACCACUGUUGUUGGUGCUGCUGAACCAAUGAAGCAGUGGAAAGAGAAGCUGCAUUCUGUUCUGGUCCAUGCAUCAUCAGCAACAAUGCCAGCUAUCUUUGUAAUACUAGCACCAUUAUCUCUGUAAUGCAGAUGACAGAAGAAGCUCAGCUGGAUUUUUCACAGUUCAUGCUGAGCUUUACAUGUAAUUUUCGCAAACUGUAUAUGUAACUCAUUAAGAAAUAUGGAAGACAACAAUUAGCACUACUUGUCCCCCCUUAUUGGCAGGCUCCAGACAGAGGACAAGACGUGACUAAGCACUGAGCUUGAACCACUCUUUCUUCCCCUCUAGGUCAGGACUGAGUCACAUUUUUCAGUCCAGUGUAGGAAGACUUGCAAUUGUCACUGUCCAGUCUAUAGCUGCUUUCUGAGGAGAGGACAACAGCCUGAAGGCAUGUCAAUAUGGCGCCUUUUGUGAGCAUUAACAUCACUCUAGAGGGAAAAAAAGGGUAGAGCUAUUGCAACUGUCAGCCAAAGUAACAUUGAGAAAUCUGCUUUCAGCUGUGUGCAAAAACCAAAGGAACAAUUCUGGUCAGCCAUCUGUUUGGCAUUUUUACUUGAUUUAUUAGGAAUCAAAGGGGUCCAUUUGGACAUAGAAAUGCUUUUGAUUGUUGCCUUGUGAAAAAUAGGCCAUGCAAAACAAAAGAAAGUCAGUAUAUGUGAGACUUUUUUCUCUCAAAUGCCAGUAAAGACUGGCACCCAAGGAUCAGAUCCUGGACACUGGUUGUUUUAGACCCAGCACAGCAUGGAGGGGAAAAAAUCAUCUGUACGUUACUUUUGCAUUUCCCUAAUCCUCAGACCAGACGUCUGCUGCUGGCCUGGAGGAGCCAUUUAGAGAACUCCUGGUGUGUACAAAAUUACACCAGCUGCAGUGUCCCCCAGCAGUCUCUCCCUUGCCUUGCCCCCAACUCACCCAGCAUACCAAGGCCAGGAAAGCAGGCUAUGAACAUCCAGACAUGCUGGCUGUAAUGCCACUCCAGAUUCCCUUACACUGAGGAAAGUGGCAGCUGGCCAGUGAAGCUAAUUUUCCAGCUGUUUUUGUGCUGCCAGCGAGGUGCAAAGCAGAUGAAAUAGGGGUCAUACACUAGCUCUCUGUUGAUUUAUUUUGGGAAGGGGACUCUAAACUAACUUCUCACUCAGACUGCUUCAAAAAAUGAUGACCACAUGGCAAUACUUUGGGAAUAUCCCAUGCAUCUCCUUUAUAAUAUAAUUCAUAUUCCUAUUCCCCCCAUCUCACUUCCUGAUGAGUGGUCCUCUUUUAUAGCAUCAGAAGCAGUUGCCAAAUCAGUAAAAAAUUGUUUCUGAAGUAAAAGACCCAGAUUCACCUCUGUGCUUUGGUUGCUUUAUGAUGCUGGGACAAUAUUAAGGCAAGCUGGGCUACUCAGCCAGCAUGGUAGUGUGGGAAAAGGCUGAAAGAGAAGGCCGGCUACUUUGUGACACCAGUCAGCCAAUGAAGGAGAUUUUAGUGGUGUUUGCAGCAGGCUCCUGGAUUGUCUGGCUGAGGACAGUUAAUAAAAGGGCCAGGGCAGGCAAAGAGGGCCCCUUCCUUGCUCUACCUCACCUCACAGCUGGAUGUGCACUUGGUGCUGCUCUGCAAUUCAGUGUGGCAAACCUACUGGAUUCCCCCCUUCCACCACUGCUUAGCUUUGCUUUCGUGUAUCUGGCGCUAAAUAAAGACUCUCCCACUCCCAGGGCUUUGUCGCUGCCCUAGGCUCUAUUUGCUGAUGGAUUUUACUCUUUUAUACUGCCACAAAUGUUCAAGCCUUUCCCCUCUGACUGCUUUAUGCCUUUCCUGCAACACAUAGCAGCCAUUCACCUGGCUUUAACCAGCCCAUUAAACCAUCUUUGUGUCGCAGAACUGGCGCUGGUGUAUGCUGCCAAUUCUGGUCACAAUUUUUACUUUAAAACCCCGUACAAAUAACUCAAAAAGUCACAAGUCAAUGCUUUCAUUGCUUGAGAAGCUAAAUUCAUACCAAGGAACAGAUUGCUGGACAAUAAACAAACAGUCUGUCUUAAGAUGGCAGAUUUUCAAAGGCACAAAGAGGAGUUGAGCAACCAAAGUCAAUGACAGUUAGGUGCCUAAAUGCUCUUUGUGCCUCUGAAAACCUCCCCCUAAAUAUCAGUGUAGACACGGCUGGCGGAAGAGUAAACAGUUGAAAUUAGGAUGAUAAAAGCGUGUGACUUUUUUCACCCAAAUCUACUAACUCUUUUGUGCUCCCUGUAUAGUGCCUUUGGCUGUGAACAAAACUUCUGCCAAUGUAUCCUCUGUCCAUGUUGUUGCACUUCACUGUAGACUUUAAAAAGAAACAUUUUUUAAUUUAAUAAACCCUUGCAUCAGUGACAUACACUGGUAGAGAUCCCCAACUUUAUGCUUUUCUUUUUUUCCUUCUUUUCCCACUUCUCCCCCUCUGUCAUAAAGCCAUGUUGCCUCUCACCUCACUGCUUUAAUUAAUGUCCUUCCCAGCCAUUUCAGCAAUGGAUCUGCAGUUUCUCUCAUCUUUCAGACAUAGUGAGUGCUAGUAUAUUGAUACUUCUGCCCUGCUAGGGUGUUGCCAUUCUGUAGUGUGCAAACAAGCCUGAUUCAAUUCCAUGUUCUUAGAUGUACUACUGGAGACAGUAACCUCAAAUCAAGAUCCCUUUUAAAUGUUUUAAUUUUAGAAAGAAAAAACACAAAAGCAAGACAAUCCUUUCUGUUCCCAUUUUUAAAAGUGUAUCAGCUCAAAACCAGAAAAAAACAGAGGUAAUUAUGGAGACUAUAUAUUGUUAUGAUGAAAUAUUACAUGACAAAACACUGUGCAGUGGUCUGUGCAUCAUGAAAUGACAAACUGGGGGCCCUGUCAUCCAUCCUGAGCUACCCAGGUACUGUUAAAAUAUUCUAAGUGCUCUCUGACUUCCACUGCCUUUUUCACUAGGGAAUCCCAAAACUGGGUCUGUAACCAGAGCCAGUCUGAUUUUGAUCAGUACCACACACUGCAACCAAUGUCUUGCAAAUAUUUUCUUUCAUAUUUUUACUUCCCUCAGUUUUCUAUCAUCUCCUUUUCUUCACUAUAGAGGGGGGAAAGCAGUAGCACUGCAUACAUAUCAGUGUUCCCUGUGCUUGAAUUAGGUAGCUGGUGGAUUUGGCACACACAUUAAUCUGCCGCUGCUUGAAGAAAGAAAAAAAAAAGUGGACCACUCCCCACUCCAUAUCUCUGUCUAGCCCUUCACCUGAUGUUUGGAGACUGCCAUUUCUCUUCUUUUUUGAUAUGGUGGGCAAAAUUCACCCCUGAAUUGUAUUUAUGAAGGAGCAUGCAUGAAGAGCUUUUCCUGUAAGAUAUCCCCAACUCUACUGACUCUCUAGGAGACUUUGGUAUCUGGCGGGUAUCAGAUGCAGUAUCUCUGUAGUAGUCAUUGAAAUGGAAGGUCCUGUUUCUGCUGCCCUUCAUGACAAAGGGUUUGUUUCCAUGUAUUUAACAUAUACAUUGUUUCACCCUCUGUCACUGAAAAAAGCACAGUAGGCAGGGAAACAAGACACAUUUUCUGUUCCCAAAGCUCCAAACGGACAGGCAGAUUGCAGGCAUUCUGGCAUUACCGCUUUUCAUCUGCUCUGGGGAGGCUCAGAGGUUUUGGUUCCAGAGAUGAUUCCAUCUUUAACGUUCUACCCCAAAGAUAUCCAUCCUUUUCUGAAGCACAUAAUAGUGAUGAUGAUAAUAAUAAUAAAAAUAUAAUAAGUGAGAAUGUGCCAAGGUCAGUAAUAAACUGACCUUUUUAUGACUUAUCCCUUAACUUCUGGUGCCAUUUUGAGGAGGUCAUUGGUGAGCUUGAGUCUAAUAGUCAAACUGUAAAUACCUUUAGGCAGUGUGCUUUAACAUGACCAACAGCAUACCUUGGCUAUGUACAGAAAUAAUACAAUAUGUGUAAUAUUAUCAAGAUAAGGUUGCAAUGUAAAUAUAUCUACAAUGAAUGUUCAGUUACUCUUCAAACUGUAUGUACAAGGAGGGGCCUAGUCUCCUCUUGAAAUCUAAUUUUUUUAUUAUUUUUUAUCUCAAGAGUAUGAAAGACCUAUUGUUAAUUUGCAAAAUUGAGUAUUCUUGUCUUAAAAGAAAUAUACUAUAUGAAAAAAGUGCAUUAAAUGUAAAUGGUGUCCAAAAUCAUAUGGCAAGAUUGAGAAAUGAGAAUCAUACAAACUAGGGCUGCUGGAAUUUGGUAGCAUUCUUGAUGCCGUACAUUUGAUCUCAUAUAAAUAAGAUAAGCACAAGUUUUCUGGUUGGCUAUGUAAAGCUAACCCAUGUUAUUAUAUAUACACACCUUAGAUAUAUAUAUAUUUAUAUAUACUGUAUAGAUAUAUACAUAUUAUAUACAGCAUUCACACAGUGAAAGAAGUGGGUGGUUAAGAGACAUUUCUGGGAAUUUGUGCUUAAUGUUACAGUUCAGAGGGAACAAAGACUGCUAUACAGGGACAUUAGAGUAUGUUAUGCAGGAUGAGGAGAGCCAUAGCCAGCUAGGCAGGAGAGGCUCCAGCAUAACAGUUAACCAAGGACUGAGAUGAUGAGGGUUUGAAAUGUUUUGAAGACACAAUGAAAAUUACAUGCAAUAUAUGUGUAUGUACCUCUGCUGAGUUGUAUUCCUAGUUGAAGCAUUGCAUUA